CGCACCGAAAAGCCCGGGUUUGGAGGAGCAUGGUGCAAGAUGAGGGCAGACAAAAGAGGCUAAGUUGACUGUAUUAACCAGGUAACUCAUGUGGAGGAGUUUGCUGUUUAGGGGCACCACCUGUGUCAGGCAGGUGGCAGCCCAAAAGUUUCUCCACCAGAGACACUGUCCUCCCCUCUGUGUGAGACCUUUCUCCCACAGACUCCUUCAUAGACCUCCAUGUGCUUCACAGCCGUUGGGUACAGGCUAUUUCCUGGCACACAGCGGGACCUGGGCUUAUAAAAAGGAUGCCACAUCCACAGUGGAGUUUCUUGUGAGCCCCGUCACAGUCACAGACAUCAAACAGUACCUGCGCUCCAAAGACGUCCCCUUCCACGAUGGAUACAGCUGCCUCCACAUCCCCAGCAUCUUCGUCCAGCCGUCCUCCAGGGGGGACAGCUUCUCCCUGUUCAUCGACAAAACCACGGGGCAGUUUCUGUGUAAGGACACGCUGGUGGAGGGGAACUGGGAGGAUCUGCAGGACUGCCUGGAGGUGAUGCAGAAGGAGGAGCAGGACUCCCUCAGCCCCCGUGUGCUGCUGGGAUACCCGGAGACCGCGGAGGAGCAGGAUGAGAGGGAGAGGGAGCAGAGGGAGGUGCAGAGGAUCUGGUCCAGCUCCGUGCCCUUCACUGACCUCCCUGAAGACGAGGCUCAGCUUAUUAAGACCAUGUUCCAGAUCACAAAGGUCUCUAAUGCAACACUGAAGAAGUUUGGCGUGCAUCUCUUCAAGCCCACAAAGAGUCUGGUUUUCCCGUGGUUUGGCGGACCCGACUCCUCCCUGAAGGGGGUGAAGCUCCUCUCCGCUCAAAGCUCAAACACGGACAAAGUGACGUAUAAUGAAGCUACGGUCCCAAAGAGUAACUCUUACUACAACCUGUUCGGCCUCCCGCUGGUGGGCCGUAUGGACGCGGAGGUGGUGCUGACUGGACACGAGCUGGACACUCUGGCAGUGAGCCAGGCCACCGGACUCCCCAGCGUGGCUCUCCCCCGCGGGGUCAGCUGCCUCCCGCCCAUCCUGCUGCCUUACCUGGAACAGUUCAAACGGGUGACCCUGUGGCUCGGGGGCGACAUCCGCUCCUGGGAGGCGUCAAAGAUCUUCUCACGGAAGCUGGGUCUGCGGCGCUGCUCGCUGGUGCGGCCCGGGGAGUUCAGGCCGUGUCCCAUGGAGGCGCUGGCUCAGGGGAAGAACUUCAGCCAGAUCAUCAAGUCCUCCAUCCCAGCGGCCCACAAGUCCAUCGUGUCCUUCAAGCAGCUCAGAGAGGACGUGUACGGGGAGCUGAUGAACACGGAGCAGGUGGCCGGAGUCAAGUGGACCAGGUUUCCGGAGCUCAACAGGAUCAUGAAGGGUCACCGCAAAGGAGAGCUGACUGUUUUCACAGGUCCUACAGGCAGUGGGAAGACCACCUUCAUCAGCGAGGUUGCUCUGGACCUUUGCAUGCAGGGCGUCAACACGUUGUGGGGCAGCUUUGAGAUCAACAACGUGCGUCUGGCGAAGAUCAUGCUGACGCAGUUUGCCAUGCAGCGGCUGGAGGAAAACUUGGAGCAGUACGACUUCUGGGCAGACAAGUUUGAGGAGCUUCCUCUUUACUUUAUGACUUUCCACGGACAGCAGAACAUCAAGACGGUGCUGGACACUAUGCAGCAUGCUGUCUACAUGUAUGACAUCAACCAUGUCAUCAUCGACAACCUGCAGUUCAUGAUGGGGCAGGAAAACCUCUCAGUGGACAAGUUUGCGGUGCAGGAUCACAUCAUCGGAGCGUUCAGGAAGUUUGCCACCAACAGCAGCUGCCACGUCACUCUGAUCAUCCACCCCAGGAAAGAGGAGGACGACCGAGAGCUGCAAACUGCGUCCAUCUUUGGUUCGGCAAAGGCCAGCCAAGAGGCCGAUAACGUCCUCAUCCUGCAGGAGAAGAAGCUGGUGACGAGUCCCGGCCGCAGGUCCCUGCAGGUGACCAAGAACCGCUUUGACGGAGACGUGGGCAUCUUCCCUCUGGAUUUCAUCAAGUCCUCGCUCACUUUCGCAACUCCCAUGAAGGGCAAACAUAAGCUGAGGAAGGUCACUGUCAAGCUGGAAAAUGAGGAAGCAGAGGGAAAAGAGGUGGCGGGAAAGAAACAGGAGGGUAAAAAAGACAAAGUGGCCAAAACGACAAAGACUCCACGAGCUAUUAAGACUCCUGCAACUGGGAAUGGAAGUAUGCAGAAGGAACAAUAAUACAGUAUAAUUCAUCGGCAGCGUGGAUCACCGCUUCAGUAUUUACAUUUGAAGGUUGGAAAAAGAGGAUGAUGAUGAGAAAGUGUUACGUCCGUAACGCGGGGUUCAACUAAGCUGAACAAUCGUUGAAAGAAUGCAAAAUGAUUUCCAUAAAUAUGAGAUAACAGCUCUGAUUGUUGUUCACAAUCAAACGUAUAGUUAAUAUCCAGAAGGAUGGCUCAACAAGUAUGUGACUUAAUGAUGCUGAAGUGUAAUUAAGCUUUUCCAUGCAGCUAUUACUGUUCAUUAAAGGGACAGUUCACCCUAAAAUCAAAACUACACAUAUAUAUAUAUAUAUGUAAUUGCGAUAU